AUGAAAGCUGCCAGACAAACCUCUGAUAUCAUGGAGAAAGACAUUCCUCACGCUGAGUUCGCAUUCUUGUCGGCGUGUCAUACCGCUGUUGGCGGUGAGAAGACACCCGACGAAGUCAUUCACCUUGCAGCUGGACUCCAAUUUUCCGGGUUCAAGAGUGUCAUUGGCACGCUGUGGGUGGUUGAGGAUGCUGUCGCAAAACAUGUUGUGGAAGCUUUCUAUGAGAAGAUGUUCAAGGAUGGUGUGAUGGACUGUACGAAGGCGGCCUGGGCACUUAACCGCGCUAACCAACGCCGUGAGGACGAAAGUGCCGCUUGA